AAGCUACCGCCGAGCUCCGGUGCGCAGGAGCAAGCGGCCGCCGCCAAGUUCUCUUGCGCAGGCGCGCUGCUCGCUUCUACGAGGCAGACGCUCCCGAGGCAAAAGAUUAAUUUCUCGGGCGCGGCGGCGAAGGGAACGGCCGGGGAAAGACGGCAAACACGCCGCCUCCGCACACCUGUUGGCUCUCUCAGCUUUACCUGCUCUUGGAGUCACCCUUGAUCACCGCGGGAGCGGUCCGUGGGGCUGAGGGAGGCCGAGGCGAAUUGGCGCCACGCGCCUGCGCGCGUACGGUGGCCGGAAGGGACCAGAGGUGGCUCUGUUGGGUGACAGUCGCGAGCCCCACCCUUUCCCCACGUGGCUGCGAAGACAGGGUUUCCAUCUGGCCCUGAGUGGAGAAUAGAGGUGCGGAGUGUGCUGGGGAGGAUGCUUGAACCAGGUUUGGGAGUGUCUCUUGGCGGGCACCUGCCACCCCAUGCACAGGAGAUGAAGAUGGCCUCCAAGCGCAUCACCCAGGAGACCUUCGACGCAGCCGUUCGUGAAAACAUUGAAGAGUUUGACAUGGGGCCAGAGGAGGCGGUAAAAGAAGCCGUGGAACAAUUUGAAUCACAAGGGGUGGAUCUGAGCAACAUUGUAAAGCUGGCACCCAAAGUCUCUGCAGAUGGACCCCAGGAGCCUACACAUGACAUCCUCCAGGCCCUGGAUGACCUGCAGAAGUCGGUGGCCCACUCUCGGCCCCAGGAUGUGUCAGCGCAUCUUGCCCGCUUUUGUGAGCAGUGCAAGCAGGACAAGGCUUGCCGCUUCCUGGCGGCCCAGAAGGGGGCCUACCCCAUCCUUCUCGCUGCCUGGAAGCUUGCUGUAGUAAGUGACCAGGGCCUCCUGCUCCAGGCCCUCAACGCCCUGUCGGUCCUGACUGAUGGCCAGCCCGAUCUCCUAGACACCCAGGGCUUGCAGCUGCUGGUGACGACGCUGGCCCAGAAUGCCGACGCAGCCGAUCUGACCUGUUCUGGGAUCCGCUGUGUGUGCCACGCCUGCCUGAAGCACGAGCAGAAUCGGCAGAGCCUGGUGAAGGCCGGUGUGCUGCCCCUGCUGACCGGUGCCAUCAUCCGGCAUGGCCACUGCGCCAACGUGGUCAGGGAGGCCUGCUGGGCCCUCCGGGUCAUGACCUUCGAUGAUGACAUCCGUGUGCCCUUUGGCCGUGCCCACGACCAUGCCAAGAUGAUUGUGCAGGAGAAUGGAGGCUUGAAGGUGCUCAUUGAGGCCGCCAAAGCAUUCUCGGACAACCCCAGCGUCCUGAGUGAGCUCUGCAGCACCCUGUCCCGCCUGGCUGUCCGCAACGAAUUCUGCCAGGAGGUCGUCGACCUUGGGGGCCUCGGUGUCCUGGUGGCCCUACUGGCCAACUGCAGUGACCACCAGGACCUUGUGAAGCAAGUGUUGAGUGCCCUGCGGGCCAUCGCAGGCAAUGAUGAUGUGAAGGAUGCCAUUGUUCAGGCUGGAGGGACAGAGUCCAUCGUGGCUGCCAUGACCCAGCACCUGGCCAGCCCCCAGGUGUGCGAGCAGAGCUGUGCGGCCCUGUGCAUCCUGGCCCUGCGAAAGCCGGAGAACAGCCGGGUCAUCAUGGAGGGCGGCGGGGCCCUGGCUGCAUUGCAGGCCAUGAAGGCACACCCCCAGGAGGCCGGAGUGCAGAAACAGGCCUGCAUGCUGAUCCGUAACCUGGUAGCCCGAAGCCAGGCCUUUUCACAGCCCAUCCUGGACCUGGGGGCUGAAGCACUCAUCUUGCAGGCCCGUGCUACCCACCGUGACUGCGAGGACGUGGCCAAAGCUGCCCUGCGGGACCUUGGCUGCCGCGUUGAGCUCCGAGAGCUGUGGACUGGCCAAAAGGGCAACCUGGCGCCAUGACCCCAGGCUCAGUCUGAGCUGUGGCUCUGGGUGAGUCAUGUGACUCAGGAAUAGGGAGGAGGUCUGUGUCCUGCCACUCUAUUCCCCGGAUUCUUCCCCACUCAGCCAGAGGUGUUUUCUGAUAGGCACCAGGUCCAGGCUAGGGUGUCAAGGGAGCAUUGGUGAAGCGUCUACACAGCAGAAAGCAGCUCCUGGGACCUGGCCUCUGUUCACCUUGUUCCCCUCAUCAGCCAACAGCGUUGGUGUUAUCCAUCCUGCCCUCCCACCCCCAUGCCUUGCCCCUUCCUACCAGAAGGGCCUCCUUAGCAUUGCCUAGGGGUGAUGUGCCGAUUGAAAUUUGGAAGCCAUGCUCACCAAUCUCACAGCAGGGUGGGGCCCUCCUUCCGCUCCUACAAGUCUGUUUUCUCCCCUGCUGGCCUCUCACAUGUAAUAUGGGUUGCAGGUGCCUUGCUUUGCUGGACAGAGGACGGGGGACCAAGCACUUCUGCCUCCAGGGGUCCCAGGCCAGCCAGUACUGCCCAGUAAUAAAAGAUUGUUAGCUGAA